AUGCAGGAGCAGAUCUCGGCGCUUUCGGCUGCGGUGUAUGCGCUCUCGCGACCUGGCAACUCACCGCAGGAUCAGGGGCGGGUCUUCCGUCGAGCUUCGUCAACGAGGGAGUUGACCUUUCAGGGCCCGACGACCUCGGCGUUUAGUUUUGGUUUAGCUAAGAGUAGUCUGCAGCGUCGGGGGAUCGUCGAUGGCGACGGGGAUGAAGUUGGCGAGGAAGGCGAGGAAGGAGAUGUCACGCUCCCGCCUACCCGGGAUGGCACCCCGCUCGGGAUGCUGCAAGACCCCCUCUGGACUAUCAGCAAGGCCGAGGCGGUCAGGCUGUGUCGGGUCUACGAGGAGGAAAUGGGGAUUAUGUACCCCGUGCUGGAGCUGGAGGAGCUACUGCGGCAGGUGGAGGGUCUCUAUGGACUGUCUCCACGGCUUCCCCUGCGGCCCGGGGAUUACAACGUGCAUAUCCUGCGGCUGGUGUUUGCGUGUGCGCUGACGGCGGAGGCGAGCGGGCGCAGUGAGCUGGCCAUGCGGCUGUUUGAGAGUGUGCGCGAUGUAGCGGACGACUGUGUCUGGGGCCCGCCGGAUAUCGACCGGAUUAUCCUGAUGACUCUGGUGGCGAUUUUCUACUUUCAAAUGGACGAAGAGACGCUGGCGUGGCGCACCAUCGGGAUCGUCGAGCGCAUGUGUCUGGAAAAAGGCCUGCACCGGCGCGAGACCCUCAACCAUCCGACGGUAGUGUCGGCCGGCCGCGAUCGAGUCCUGCGGCUGUUCUGGUCCAUCUACACGCUGGACAUGCGCUGGAGCUUCGGCACAGGGAUGCCCUUUUCUCUCGAGGACAGUGACAUCGACCCCUGGCUGCCCGAGCCCGAGGAAAAGACCCCGUACCUGCGCGUGAUGAUCCGGUAUAGUCGCAUCGCGGCCAAGGUGUGGAAGUUCAUCUCCGCCUUCAACAACACCGGAGAGCUGAAAAAGGACGAGAUGAACUAUUUGGACUGGCAGGUAUUGCAAUGGGCGGCGGCCAUCCCGGCGUCGUUGCGGUUGGGGGAUGACAGCUCCACGGAACCACGCAGCAUCCGCCGGCUGCGCUCGCUGCUAUACCUGCGAGCUAACCAGCUGCGCAUGCUCAUCCACCGGCCGGUCCUACACUCGGCGGGCCAUAUCGUGCGGUAUCCGGCCGAGUGCCAGACGGCCGUGGACCUGGCCAAGGACACGAUCCGCUUCAUCACGCGGCUGAACGAGACGUCGGACAUUUACCAGCUGCAGCAGGUUGCGUUUAACUGGUUUCUAGUGUCCGCGCUGGCCGUCCUGUUCUUGGCUGUGGUUCAGGCGCCGAGCCAGUUCAGCAGCCGGUGCAAGGAGGAGUUCUACAUGGCCCUGGAGCUGGUCAAGGGCUUCUCCACGCAGUCGUACAUUUCCCGGCGCCUGUGGAAAUCGAUCAAGAGCCUGCGAAAGCUCGGGCCGCAGGUUGGGCUCCGGCAGUCGGCUACUGAUCAGCGUGUUUUGGCUGCUAAUCAGACGGUGGAUAUGGCGCCGACCAGCAACCAGGGCCAGACACCGCAGGACGGGGCGCAGAUGACGCAAGAACUGAUGGACUGGUUUGAGGCCGUGGGGACGUUGGAGAACCAGAUUAUGGGAGUGACGCAGGUCUUUGACGAUGGCAGUGGCAGGAUGGCCAAUGGGUACAUGUAUGAUUACGGGGGCGAUCUGUCCAGUGUCAUGCGAGAUUUGUUUUGA